UGUGAAAGGUCAAGGAAGAGUAUGAGACAGGGUGCAACUCCAAAUAUGACCACAAAGGUCGCUGUUCAGCAACAUUACCUAAUUCUCACAUCAAAAAGGCAUUUUAAGCCCAGCUUUUAUUUUCAGCAUUUCCAUAUAUUUGAACUUUGUCUCAGAUAGUUUUUGUAAUUAUCCUGCAAAUUAUGCUAAAAUUGACGUUAAAAAUUAUAGUUCCACGUUCAAAAAAACUAAAUAUGCUCUAUCAGGAGAUUGUUUACUGAAGCUGAUUGCAAGAAAUCUGAAUUUCAAAAAGCUGAUAAUGAAAUGAAAAGCCUUUGUACAAUACCUACAUAGGAUCUCGUUUUUAAAAACUUUUUAAAAAGUGAUCAAAUGUAUGCUUAGAGCAAUAAUCUUACUAAUAUUAUACAGUAAAAGGAUGAUGAAGACAUCUAAAAAAUAACUCGGCUGAAAAGCAAACAGUGUAACCUCUCAUCGCUCAAGGCCACUCUUUGCUAUUGUUUAGUGAGAGAAAGCUCCUGCCUGCACACAGAUAGCAGCGGAGCCCAAACAGCGUGUGAACAGAGACGGUCUCAGAUUCAACAUGGUGUCCUGGUCUGUCCUCAUUCUGGGGCCUCUCUGGAUCCAAGGUCUGCUCCAGGUCUGCGGUACGGAGAAGCUGCCCAGAGGGGUGGUGGAGUCCUGGUUCAGGAAGCGGAUUCUGGAAGGUCUGGGCCUGUUGGAGCCUCCGGUACUUGCUGCACAGAGAGCAAAUCAGGAUGGAGCAAAGCCAGAGACAAGGCAGUGGCAGGCGAGGGUCCCCGGGACUAGCAGAGUGGUCCGGGUCAGUCAGCAACCCAGCCCGGGUCAAGACAGAUCUGAAGUGAUUCUGUUUCCAUGUCCAGAUGCCUCCUGGGUCCAGGCUGAUGCAGAAGCGAGAGGAAACUGCAGCACUACACCGUCGUAUCGCUUCCAGCCGUCCAUUCCCUUCCAGGACACCGUAGUAUCGUCAGCUCACUUCUGGUUCUACGCCGGCCCAGCAGUGAACGCCUCGCCGCUGUUCAUGCUCACCUUGGCGCAGCAGCGACUCCAGGCGGCCCAGUCUCCCGCGGCGCUCAGCCCCGACGGCUGGACCACCUAUGACCUGGACGAGAGCGUACUGGCUCCUAUGGCUGAGGGCCCCUUUCUGCUUCAGCUCCAGAGCUCAGCAGGUCAGCACCACCUGACGAACCCAGAUAAGACGCCUUUUCUCCACCUCCACGUUCAGCCCAGAGUGCCUGUGCGUUCCCCCAGAGCGGCCCCCGUCAACACUCCCUGGUCGCCGGCUGCCCUCCGCCUCCUCCAGCGGCCCUCCCAUGAAGAGCUGCAGCUCGGGGACUGCCGCAGGGAGCAGGUGGAGAUCAGCUUCCAGGAGCUGGGCUGGGACAGCUGGAUCGUUCACCCCAAGGUACUCACCUUCUUCUACUGCCGCGGGAACUGCUCGGCCCGGGGCCGGACGGCCGUCCUGCUGGGCAUGGCACAGUGCUGCGCGCCGGUUCCGGGGACCAUGAGGUCCCUAAAGAUCACCACUACGUCUGACGGCGGGUACUCGUUCAAAUACGAGAUCCUGCCCAACAUCAUGCCUGAGGAGUGUACCUGUUUCUGAACAUGAGGGGAGGGACAGGCUGAAAGGGGGUUUGUCUGGCCGGCCACUUUAUAAGGGGAAAGUGGUUCUCAGUUUUUAUGGGCGUCGAGUAAUAAAAAAAUGUUUAUGCCAUGUGUAGGUUUUUUCCUCAAUGUUGCAUCCAACAUAUAUGGUCCAUUAAAAAUAAAAAGUGGGUUAUUGGUUUA